UAACCAAAAAUGUCGAAGCUUCUUCUUCUCCUCCACACCCCGCAUUUCGCCUCCGUCCACCGGCGAGCCCUCAUCGCCCCCACCCCUCUCUCUCCUCUCCAUUUCCAUGGCCCCUCAUCCGUUCCCCUCCGAGCCUUAUCCUUCUCCGUCAAAAGCAAAGAGGAAGAGGAAGUAGUAGUAGGCAAGGAUGGAAAGAAGGUUAACAGUAACAAGAGUAGUGGUGGAGGUCGCGAUGAGGACUAUCCGAGCGGUGAAUUUCAGUUUGAGGAGUUUAGCUGGUGGAGGAACUUCUCUGUGAAGAUUAAGAUGCUGGUUGCCUUCCCUUGGGAGCGCGUUCGCAAGGGCGCCGUCUUGAACAUGAAGCUGCGUGGCCAGAUAUCUGAUCAGCUAAAGAGCCGUUUCUCUUCCGGACUGUCUCUACCUCAGAUUUGUGAGAACAUUAUAAAAGCAGCGUAUGACCCUCGUAUUUCUGGCAUCUAUCUCCAUAUUGAAACUCUGAAUUGUGGGUGGGGUAAAGUUGAAGAAAUCCGAAGGCAUGUGUUGGAUUUCAAGAAAUCAGGUAAAUUCAUUGUGGCAUAUGUCCCUACAUGUCGCGAGAAAGAAUAUUACGUUGCCUGUGCGUGUGAUGAGAUCUAUGCCCCUCCAAGUGCUUAUUUUUCUUUGUUCGGUUUGACUGUUCAAGCAUCAUUCCUUUCAGGUGUCCUUGACAAAGUAGGAAUUGAGCCACAAGUGGAAAGGAUUGGCAAAUACAAAAGUGCUGGGGAUCAACUGAUACGCAAAACAAUGUCUGAAGAAAAUUGUGAGAUGCUGACUGCAUUGCUUGAUAACAUCUAUGGAAAUUGGCUGGAUAAAGUUUCUUCUGCACAAGGAAAGUCAAGGGAGGAUCUUGAGAACUUCAUCAAUGAAGGAGUUUACCAAGUUGAAAGGCUAAAAGAAGAAGGCUGGAUUACAAACAUAAGCUAUGAUGAUGAGGUUAUUUCAAUGUUAAAGAAGAGACUUGGCGUGCAGAGGGAUAAAAAACUUCCUAUGAUUGAUUACAGAAAAUACUCUGGAGUUAGAAAAUGGACUCUUGGUUUAUCAGGCGGUAAGGAUCAAAUAGCUGUGAUCAGAGCUUCAGGGAGCAUUAGUCGUGUACGGAGUCCAUUAAGUGUUCCAGGUUCGGGCAUUAUUGCAGAGCAGUUCAUUGAGAAGAUUCGUAAUGUGAGAGAGUCAAAAAGAUAUAAGGCAGCAAUCAUCCGAAUUGACAGCCCUGGAGGUGAUGCUCUUGCUUCUGAUUUAAUGUGGAGGGAAAUCAGACUUUUGGCAGAAUCGAAACCUGUCAUUGCAUCAAUGUCUGAUGUGGCCGCAAGCGGUGGAUACUAUAUGGCAAUGGCAGCAGGGACACUUGUUGCAGAAAAUCUAACAUUGACUGGUUCUAUUGGAGUUGUCACAGGUAAGUUUAAUUUGGGUCAACUGUAUGAAAAGAUUGGCUUCAACAAGGAAAUUAUAUCGAGGGGAAGAUAUGCUGAGCUCCUUGCAGCUGAACAAAGACCUUUCAGACCAGACGAAGCAGAACUUUUUGCCAAGUCUGCACAGAAUGCAUAUAAGCAAUUUCGUGACAAGGCAGCUUUUUCCAGAUCAAUGACUGUAGAUAAGAUGGAGGAGGUCGCACAAGGGAGAGUUUGGACUGGUAAAGAUGCAGCUUCAAGAGGUUUGGUUGAUGCUAUCGGUGGGAUUUCUCGGGCAAUUGCAAUUGCAAAACUUAAAGCUAAUAUACCUCAAGACAGACAGGUUAGUCUAGUGGAACUUUCAAGAUCUUCCCCGUCACUUCCCGAGAUCUUAAGUGGCGUAGGGAAUACUCUAGUUGGAGUUGACAUAACACUGAAAGAAGUGCUGCGAGAGUUGAGCAUAUCCGACGGAGUUCAAGCCCGGAUGGAUGGAAUUAUGUUUCAAAGACUGGAGGGAUAUUCUUAUGCCAAUCCCAUCUUCGCUUUGAUAAAAGAUUACCUCAGUUCCCUCUAGCCUCUAUUGCCGAAAUCUAUUUUUUAGUUUCUUAAAUUUAGGCGUUACAGAGAGGAGCAGUUGCUUUGAUAAUGAAUAUAUAUAAGCAAAAACCAAAGGUAAGAGGUGUAAAUUUUUUCCUUUCUUCUCUUCUAUAUGCUUUUGUAUGUACAUGUACAGCAUUAUGGAAAAGGAGGGGGGAGUGAAACAUGCUCUGACCCAUCCAUCCCACAUGGCCAAUUUUUAAUGCUGAUGAUAACCACUCUGUAUAUUGAGGAUUUUAUGAGUACAUCCAGGGAAGGGAAUUUGAUCA